GACAAGUUUUAAUUCUCAUGUCCGGCAAGGAUGCGGCAAAGACAGGUGCUAGCACGUGCACUACUCUUAUAUCAUUAUGUGACGACAAACAAGCGUCGUCUCCGGUUUUUCCAACUUUUUACUUCCAACCACCAUGUCUACCUCGCUCGAUUAUCUGAAGCAAACCGGAACGGUCGUUGUUUCUGACUCUGGAGAUUUUGAAUCAAUCGAUGUCUACAAGCCUCAGGAUGCUACGACUAAUCCAUCGCUGAUUUUGGCUGCCGCCAAUAAACCAGGCUACGCUCGUCUCAUUGACGCUGCAAUCAAGCACGCUAAAAGCAAGAGUGGUGAUCUUGAUACCCAAGUAAAUGCUGCGAUGGAUAGAUUGUUGAUCGAAUUUGGAAAAGAGAUCCUUGCUAUCAUCCCCGGCCGAGUUUCCACCGAAGUCGAUGCACGUUUGUCCUUUGACAAAGAGGCUACCAAGGCCAAGGCCAAGGAACUCAUUGCCCUUUACGAAUCGGUUGGCAUCAAGAAAGAGCGGAUCCUCAUUAAAAUUGCCUCAACAUGGGAGGGUAUUCAAGCUGCUAGGGAGCUUGAGCGCGACGAUGGUAUUCACUGCAAUUUGACCCUCCUCUUCGGCUUUGGACAGGCUGUUGCUUGCGCCGAAGCCGGAGUUACUCUGAUCUCACCCUUCGUCGGACGUAUCCUUGAUUGGUAUAAGAAAACAACCGGAAAAUCAUAUGAGGGUGACGAAGAUCCUGGUGUCAAGUCUGUCAAGAAAAUUUUCGACUAUUACAAGCAACACGGAUACAAGACCAUAGUCAUGGGUGCCUCUUUCCGAAACGUUGGCGAAAUUAAGGCACUAGCCGGUGUUGACUUCCUCACCAUUUCUCCGUCGUUGCUCGAGGAGCUCAAGAAAUCAACUGACCAAGUUCCAAAGAAACUCGACGCUGCUGCCGACGCGCCGAUUCCCAAGGUCAGCUACAUCGACAACGAGCCCGAAUUCCGUUGGACAUUGCUCGAGGACCAAAUGGCGUUUGACAAGCUACACGAGGGUAUCAAGAAAUUCGCUGAGGAUGGCGAAGCUCUCAAGAAGGUUCUCCGAGAGAAACUUACUGUUUAAUCCCUCUCGCCUAUCUUGGGUCACCAUGUCUGGGAUUGAUUACACUCCAGUAAUAUUCUAAGUACCUCCUGCUGCGUCCGGUUACUACAUAGAUCUCGAAGCAAAAAAGAAUCAUGUGUAUUAUUUGUAGAAAAGAAUGAAAUGUACACUGACUUAGGUAUAAA